GUAUUUUCCAGUCCACGAAGAAACUGUUCCUGAGCAAGCGAGCAGGCCGGGGUGGGACGCUGGAGUUCAUCCGGAAAAACGCCGCUAAUGGGCUCUCCGUGGCCAAUCUGGUGGCAGGGCUCUCCUCUGUCCUCUGCAGCCUCAAUAGAGCCGUCGCCCGACAGCUCGACGCCUGCUCGGCGCUGGGUGCCAAACUGGACGAUUUCGCCGAUUUCACCACCUUCGGGUUGGCCACGGCUCUGCUGCUGCAGCCGCAGGGCGUCCUGGACGGGCUGCUGGCCAUCGCCUAUGUGAUGGCCGUAUUCACUCGCCUGUGCUUCUUCUCCAGUGGUAAGCUGAGCAUUUUGGGGGGCAUCNNNUGUCCCUACGCCUCCUCGCUGCUGGCGGGCACCUUCCUGCUGUCGGGGUGUAACGUCAUCCUGCUGCGCGUCACCGCCACCAUCAUGAUCCUCUUCAUGGUCGAUCAGGGUUUCUACCCCCACGACAAGGUGCUGGAGUCCCAGCUCUGGAAGAAAGUCGUUUACGCCGGAGGGGUGGUAGCUGUCCUCUUCUCGCCUGCGGCGGUCGCUUCCGUCUAUUGCCUCGCCUGGUCGAUGUCCUACAUCAUCUUCCCCUUCGCCAUCUGGAGCUGCAAAGCCUAA